AUGCUAAUGCCACGAGUCCUGGCAAAGGCCACACGGCCUUUCUUCCCCGGUACUCGCAAUCUCAACACCAUCUCGAACUUCACAACUACAAAACUUGCGUCCGCUGGAGGACCGUUCUCUCAACUGCCUGAAUUCACACCUUUGCAAGACAGCAUCCUGGUUUCGCUGCCGUCAUCCUGCAUACUACACACCCGAACUGACCAAGUAUGUGCUCUCUCGUUCGAUGCCAAGUCCAAACUUCAACAACAACCUCUGUAUUUGAACGCUAGUGAAAAAUCGCCUCACUUUUGCCAGCUCUCUACGGGCGACGAGCCUGUCAACGCCAUGCUCGUGUCUAGCACGCCAAUGUCGAACGUCUUGAUUCUCAAUCUCGACGACUACCGUGACGGAUGGCAUCUCACCGAUCCACAGGCCAGCGUUUUAUGCUACAGUGGGAAUCUUGAAUUCCAAACGGACAACCAAUUGAUCGGCCGUGGUACUGUGGCCAUCUCUGGUGAGGGACCCGUAUAUCAGAUGCAGCUUGGUGAGAACGAAUCUGCCAUCGUUAACCCGGGAGCCAUUUUGGGUUACAGUAAUAAGGUUUCAGUGAGCAAUGCAGGGUUUUCGUCGCAAGCCUUAGUACCCAUUCCUAUAAGAGCGUGCUUCUCGCGUUAUGCUGGCCGGUACCUCGAGAAACUGGAUUUACUUCGGCACAAGUUGCUGAACCAGGGAAAAGUGUAUACCGAGGUUAAGGGUCCCGGAACCGUGCUUUUGCAGACCUCGUUUGUACCAGGCCCCAAGUCGUACAAUUACUCGGACCAGGAGCUUUUGCAGGCAUUCAAGUGA